AUGCAAGUUUGUUCAUCGAUGGUAGUUGCUGAACAAUAUCCAUCAUUGAUGAGAAUCGACAACAAUGAUGAUCAAGCAUUAAUACAACAACGAUUGGCUCAUUUAUUAUAUUCAUUAACAUCUUUGAAUAAUCGAUUAAAUGAAAGAGAUAAUGAUCAAGAUUUUCAUCCACCGAAACGUGAACAAUUUGGUCGAAAACAUCAUUGGGAUGUUUUUUUUGGUAGACGUUAA